ACAUCCUGAAUUAUCUUGUACAUUUUAAUGAUGCAUUUUCAAAUAUUAGCUUAUGGUGUAUAGCCCAAACACUGCACACAGGUGUAAAUGUCACCGUCUCCGUGUGCUUUUGGAAAAGUUUGCAUGUAGUUUUAAUUGCAAAUCGACCCCAAACCAUGUAAAUAAUAUUCACAUCCGUGAGCACUGGCUGCUGAACUACAGUCGAAGAGAGUGAAUACAUCACUCAUUACUACCAUAAACGUGAUGGGUGCUGCGCAAAACACACUUAACACUUUUCCAAAAAACGUAAUAGGAGCGUGUUCGUUCUGUACCUCAGCCCCAGAGUCAGUGGAUAAUCUAGAGCAUUAAGGUGAAAGAUGACAGCCAAACCUUCAACAGGAUCAUUUCAGCAUAUCCUGCUGUCUCUCUUUCUGCUUUUUUGUUUUGGAGGAGUAUUCUUCACUUACUACAAGCCAACUAUAAGCUGGACAACAUGCCCUAGUAUUCCAGGCUCCAGACAUGGAGUCUGCACAGAUGAAUGCCUCAGAACACUGAUGGAAAACUUUAACCAGAGUAUAAACAACACCAGCACUCUUAAUUACACUUUGGUAAAGCAACAACAAGUGAUCACCAAACCACCUGUCAUGGAAGAAACUAAAGAAAAUCAUGAUCAUGACAUCAUCAUGUUAAUCUGGUCAUGGCCUUUUGGUUUUAAAUUUGAUGUAAAAGCCUGUAGUCCACUGUUUGGUAUUAAAGGUUGUCAAAUUACAGAUGACAGAAGCCAGUAUGACAAAGCCCAUGGUGUUAUGUUUCAUCACAGAGAUAUCGGUGGUGAUGUCACAAACCUGCUAAACACACCACGACCUCCACACCAGAAGUGGGUAUGGAUGAACAUGGAGUCUCCUGAUAAUUCAGGUAGACGUGAUCAGCUAAAUGAUGUAUUCAAUCUUACAUCAAAUUAUCGGAGAGAUUCAGAUGUCUGGGUGCCUUAUGGGAGAAUCCUAGAAGCGUCUGAGAAGGACAAAACCUUUAAAAUACCACCAAAGGACAAAUUAGUGUGCUGGAUUGUCAGUAACUGGAACCCCAACUUUAGGAGAGUGAACUAUUUUAAUGAACUGAUCCAACACGUCAAAGUAGAGGCUUACGGUAGACACUUCAACAGGUAUGUCGGCAAUGAAGAUUAUAAUAAGAUUGUACAAAGCUGUAAAUUCUACUUAUCGUUCGAGAACUCCAUCCACAGAGACUACUUCACAGAAAAGCUGUUUAACCCUCUGGCAUUAGGCACGGUUCCUGUGGUUCUCGGUCCACCCAGGGAUAACUAUGAGGAAUACAUUCCAGCAGAUUCAUUCAUUCACGUGGACGAUUUCAAAUCCCCUCAGGAACUGGCAAAACAUCUCACAUUUCUGGACCAGAACCAGGAAGUUUAUGAACAGUACUUCACCUGGAGAAAACACUUUACUGUUAAAGGUGCACCUUUUGGUCUAGAACAUGCUUGCCGAAGUUGUGAUCAUAUAAGAAACAAUAAGGGCUACAGAGUGUUUAAAAAUCUCAAUAAAUGGUAUUGGGGUUAGCUAGCAUUACACCAGCAUGAACUUCUGACUGGAGACGCUGGAAAUCCCACCAUUCUUCAAAAGGUCUCAAGAGUAGUUUUUCCAGACCAAGACCCUUGAUCUAAUUUUCUUUCCAGUCAAUGUAACAUUACUUAACAUAAGCAUUACAUAAGCAUUACUUUCAUGAUAAUUUUCAUCUAGGGUUUGAUGGUGCACAGUCUCCUGCUAUUUUAUGCCCAGGAAACCAUCACUGAUAAGAUUGAAUGUUAACUGAUAGCUACACAUUCACGUUAUACCAUUCUACAGGUUUCUACUAUUCUGUAGGUUACUUCUCUACUAACUCAAUAAUCACUGGUGAGACAUUUAGGAUUUAUAAUAAUAAGUAAGUAAAUCAAUCAACAAAUCAUAUGAAGCCACUGUCCUUGUUAAGACUGUGUUAAUCAAUUUUUAUACUGCAGGGUGGGAAUGGUGUUCAGUAUUUAAAACCUGAGCUCAGGCUUCUGUCUGUGUGGAAUUUCUUGUGUUCUCCCUGUGUUUUAUUUCCGGCUAUGUGCCCAGUGAUCCAGGGAUAGACUUUGAAUAUUGCUUUCUGAAGAUUAAUGAAUACCCAAAGCUUCAGUUGUGAGAGCUUACGUAUGAAGAUCUAAAGAUGAAGGCAUUCUGGUAUUUAUUUAUCCACUUUUUUGUAAAUGUAUACAAUUUACAGUGUGUUCAAUACAGUGAGCAGAGCCAUUCUGCAAGCCAUAAAACUGGACUUUGGACUC